AUGAGUUGUACUCCUCUCCGUCCUUUGUACGCAAACCGUGCAAGCAGCUUUUCGAGGAAUACCAGAAAGUUGAGCGGCAUGUUUGGGGUCUUGAAAUUGCUGCAGAUGACAGCGCCCACUUGUGACCCAUGGUGCACGGUCUUCGAACGACCUUCGCGCUCAUCACAAUGUCGCACAAUAAAUCCGGACACAAUACACAGCCGCAACUCACAAGGUGCCCGUCUGAGAUUAAGUUUACUGCCAGUUGCGGUACGCAGUACACAUUGGUAA